CUUCUAUCCUUAUUACUGAAGACUAGUACUGCUUAUAUCCUGAAGGCAGUUUUCUCGUCAUGAUGCGCUGGGUUUACAUCCAUUUGCAAAUGUGCGUGUACAAACAUUUGACGGAGAAAUACAUCAGGAAAAUCCCAUCCUUUCUACAUGCCAAUACGACAUAUGGUGUAUGUAUACUGAGUAAAAAGGAUAUCGCGAAAUUAUCAUUGGGUAGAUGGUCCGUCUGUUGUAGUGUCAUUAAAUAUUUGCCCUAUGUCAUGCAUGAUUAAAGUGACAUCACUUUCGUUAUUUGAAGGAUGAACGUGACCAAAUAUCAUAACUGCACCCACCACUCAAAGACCUAAUUUGACCGCUUAUGACCAACCUUACAGGUUAUCGAGGUAACGCACCAAUGGCAUCAACAUACGGGCAUUGACCUGUAACAGCUCAGCAACCUCCAUAAUGGACGAUGCUACGAAAUCGUUGCCAAAUAGUAUUGGGAGUUGAAAUUAAUUCUUCACCACGAACUGACAUCGGUUGAAGAAUACCAAAAUCCAUAUCUUAAUCAUAAGUCCAGACAUUCCGUGUUGCUAACCAACCUCUCCUUUCAUUUGAUUCACUAUAAAGUGAUGAAAUGAACUAUCAGCCUAGGUGGUGAAAUUCUUCAAGUACGUUCCAUCUUGCAAUUUGACUGACUAGUGAUGUAUACAAGCAGUGUAAACGAGCCUAUUAUCUGCAAAGCCGCUGUUGCUUGGGAACCAAGUAAACCACUAGUGAUUGAAGAGGUUGAAGUUGCUCCUCCAUCAGGUGGGGAAGUGAGGAUCAAGAUUUAUUCUUCCGGAGUUUGUCAUACAGAUGCAUAUACUUUGGGUGGUCAUGAUCCUGAGGGAGUUUUUCCUGUCAUUCUUGGACAUGAAGGUGCAGGCGUUGUAGAAAGUGUUGGGGAAGGUGUUUCGUCUGUUGUUCCAGGGGACCACGUUAUUCCAUUAUACAUUCCACAAUGUAAUCAAUGCAAAUUUUGUCUAUCUAAGAAAACAAAUUUAUGCUCGAAGAUAAGGGAAACGCAAGGAAAAGGCCUCAUGCCUGAUAGAUCUGUUCGUUUCAAAUGUCGUGGUCGACAAGUGCAUCACUUCAUGGGCUGUAGCACUUUUAGUGAAUACACAGUGCUACCUGAAAUUAGCUUGGCGAAAAUUGACAAAAAUGCCCCACUGAAUAAAGUUGGCCUCUUGGGUUGUGGCAUAAGCACGGGUUAUGGAGCUGUCUUUAAUACUGCUAAAGUUGAGAAAGACAGCAUAUGUGCUGUUUGGGGUCUUGGAGCAGUUGGAUUAGCAGUUAUAAUGGGAUGCAAAAAAGCUGGUGCUAGAAAAAUUAUUGGAAUAGAUAUUAAUGAAAACAAGUUUGGUUUAGCUCUUUCUUUUGGAGCUACAGAAUGCAUAAAUCCUGCUAAGCAUUCCAAGCCAAUACAACAGGUUAUUGUUAAAAUAACUGAUGGAGGUUGUGAUUAUACUUUUGAAUGUGUCGGGAAUGUAGCUACUAUGCGUCAAGCUUUAGAAUCAUGUCACAAGGGCUGGGGUGUUUCAGUUAUAAUUGGUGUAGCAGAGGCUGGGGCAGAAAUUUCAACUCGACCAUUCCAACUUGUAACUGGCCGUACAUGGAAGGGUUGUGCUUUUGGAGGUUGGAAGUCUCGUGACUCAGUGCCCAAACUAGUUGAAGACUAUUUAUCAGGAACGAUCAGGGUUGAUGAAUUCAUCACUCAUCAUUUUCAAUUAAAAGAUAUCAAUAAAGCUUUUGAUUUAAUGCACGAUGGUAUUUGCAUCAGACCAAUGAUUCACCUCUUCGCUCCGUAAAAUCCUGGUGUCGCCUGUGAUAUCUAUAGUUACCAUUGUUUCCCCUAAGUGUUAUGGCAUUUUCUGCGUACUAAAAUAUCGUAUAUUUGUUGGU